AUGUCUGAGACUAAGGAACUCACCCUCACCGAGGUCGCCGCCCACAACACGAAGAAGGAUCUGUACAUGAUCAUUCACGAGAAGGUCUACGAUGUCACCAGCUUCGUUGACGAGCACCCGUACGUUGAUUUCACCCCACCCUUCAUCUUCUCUCGCGGCGGUGAGGAGGUCCUCCUCGAUGUCGGCGGUCAGGAUGGUUCCGAGGCCUUUGAGGAUGUCGGUCACUCUGAUGAGGCCCGUGAGAUCCUCGAUGGUCUGCUCGUGGGCAGCGUGAAGCGCAUGCCCGGUGACCCCGCCCCCAAGGCCCAGGCCUCCACCAGCAGCUCCUCCGCCUCCGCCUCCUCAUCUUCCGGUAGCCUCGGCGUCGGCCUCUACGCCGUCGUCGUGCUCGGUAGUCUCAUCGCCUACGGUGCCUUCCACUAUGUCAACUCCCAGCAGCAGUCCCAGUAA